GAGCUGGGAUUGGCUGGGGCGCGUGGGCUGGGGCGGGACGAGACGGUUAGGAGCUCGUGCCUGGGCCGGAUCCCGGCUGUCUGAGGGGCGCGGAGACCUGCGGGAGGGAGACGGCCGCAGCAUGGCGGCCGGCAGCGCACCGCCCUUCCCUCAGCCUUCCUGUCGCAGCCGCUUGGACCCUGUGGUGCGAGAGUGCUUGCUGUGAGCCCGCCGCGCGUCAGCCCGCCGUCCGCCCGCCCUCCUUUCCUUGUCGCCUCUGCCAGCCCGGAGGGCGGCCGGGCGCGCCGCGCCCACCCGCCGGGGCCCUGGGACCAUGGAAGACGUGAAACUGGAGUUCCCCUCGCUCCCGCAGUGCAAAGACGACGCCGAGGAAUGGACUUACCCUAUGAGACGAGAGAUGCAGGAAGUUUUGCCUGGAUUGUUCUUAGGCCCAUACUCUUCUGCUAUGAAAAGCAAGCUACCUAUACUGCAGAAACAUGGCAUAACUCAUAUAAUUUGCAUACGGCAAAAUAUUGAAGCAAACUUUAUUAAACCAAACUUUCAACAAUUAUUUAGAUAUUUAGUCUUGGAUAUUGCUGAUAAUCCAGUUGAAAACAUAAUCCGUUUUUUCCCUAUGACUAAAGAGUUCAUUGAUGGAAGCUUACAAAAUGGAGGAAAAGUUCUUGUCCAUGGGAAUGCAGGUAUCUCUAGAAGUGCCGCCUUUGUUAUUGCAUACAUCAUGGAGACAUUUGGGAUGAAGUACAGAGAUGCAUUUGCUUAUGUCCAAGAAAGAAGAUUUUGUAUUAAUCCUAAUGCUGGAUUUGUCCACCAACUUCAGGAAUAUGAAGCCAUCUACUUAGCAAAAUUAACAAUACAGAUGAUGUCACCACUCCAAAUAGAAAGGUCCUUAUCUGUUCAUUCUGGUACCACAGGUAGUGUGAAGAGAACACAUGAAGAAGAUGAUGACUUUGGAAACAUGCAAGUGGCAACCGCACAGAACGUGCCUAUCCAGCACGAUAUACUGGAGACAGUCUCAGACACGAGGGACUGCCACCAUGUUGAACACAGUUGA